ACAGAACUGGGGGUUGUCGUACGGACUUGUGGAUUAGUUUACAAAAAGCUCUGAAAAAGUGAUUUAAAUAUGGAUUCUAACGAUAUACUAGAUGACAAGGAUAGUGGGCCGGAGGUACAGAUCAAUUUCCCAAGUUCAGUGAUGGCCCGCAUAGAAGAAAUGAUGGGAGGAACGGAGCAGUUCGAUAGUGCCGAAUUUGACGCAGUAGCAUACAUCAACCGGGUAUUCCCGACCGAGCAGUCUCUAUCGGGCGUUGAGAGUGCGGCGGCGCGCUGCGAGUUCCACCUCGCGGGAGUAGAGCACGACAUCCGCCGCCUGGUGAGGGCGCAGGCCGAGCAGAGGGACGCCGGGCAACAGGCGCUGUUGGAAGCACAGCGGUGUAUUGGGGAGCUGGCACUACAGGUAGCAGACAUAAACAAGAAGGCAGAGCGCAGCGAGAGCAUGGUGCGGGAGAUCACUUCAGAGAUCAAGCAGCUGGACUGCGCCAAGUCGAACCUGACGGCCGCCAUCACGGCGCUGAACCACCUGCACAUGCUGGUGGGCGGCGUCGACACGCUGCGCGCCAUGACCACCAGCCGCCAGUACAAGGAGAUCGUGCUGCCCAUGCAGGCCAUCAUGGAGGUGUUGCAACACUUCGAGUGUUACCGCGAGAUCCGCGAGCUGAGCGUGCUCCGCGACCAGGUCACCGCCAUACGCGCGCAGCUCGCCACGCAGAUACUGCAGGACUUCAAGGACGCCUUCACUGCGGGCAGUAAGAGCGGAGUGUCGCACCGCACUCUGUCGGAGGCCUGCGCCGUCGUCGACAUACUGGAGCCCAAGGUCAAGAACGAUCUGCUCAAGUGGUUCAUCAACAUGCAGCUACAGGAGUACGAGCACCUGUUCUCAUGCGAGCAGGAGUACGCGUGGGUGUCGCACGUGGAGCGCCGCUACGCCUGGCUCAAGCGACAUCUGCUCGCCUUCGAGGAGUCCCUCGCCGCCCUCUUCCCUCACUCCUGGAGGCUUAGCGAGAGGAUCGCACAGCAGUUCUGUCAGAUGACAUGUACUGCGCUGGGCGGUCUGCUGGCGUCGCGGCGCAGCGAGCUGGACGUCAAGCUGUUGCUGUACGCUAUACAGAAGACGUACAACUUCGAGCUAUUGCUGCACAAGCGGUUCACAGGCACAGACUUGGGCGCCGAGCCUCUAGACGUUGCAGAGAAUAAACCCGACACACAACCAGAGCCGGGAGCCGACGGGACUCCCAGUCCCCAGGGCGGGGCUGGCGGGGCGGUGGGCCCCACGGGGUCGGCCUGGAUCGGCCUCAUCGGGUCCUGCUUCGAGCCCUACCUGUCUCUGUACGUCAGCUCGCUCGAUGCCAACCUCAGCGAGCUCAUGGAGCGGUUUAUACAGGACGCGAAGGCGUCAGCGUCGUCGGACAGCAGUAGCGGCGUGAGCGCGGUGGGGGAGGGGGGGGGCGGGGGGCGCCGUCAUCUCGUCGUGCGCCGACCUGUUCCUCUUCUACAAGAAGUGUCUCGUGCAGUGCGCCAGGCUCACCACCGGGGAGCCCAUGCUCGAGCUGGCGGGCGUGUUCCAGAAGUACCUGCGCCUGUACGCGAGCGGGGUCCUGCAGGCGUCCCUGCCGCGGGCGGGCGGGCUGGCCCCCGGGCUGGCGGCCCCCAGCCUGGUGGCCAACCUGCAGACCUUGCUGCGGGACGACGACGGACGGCAGGCGCGCUACUCGGACGCCGAGCUGUCCCGCAUCACCAGCGUCAUCAGCACGGCCGAGUACUGCCUGGAGACCACGGUGCACCUGGAGCACAAGCUCAGGGAGAAGGUGGCGCCCGCGCUGGCCCACCGCCUGGACCUGGCGCCCGAACAGGAACUCUUCCACAAGCUCAUCGACUCCUGCAUCCAGCUCCUCGUCGCCGAGCUGGAGGCCGCCUGCGAGCCCGCGCUGGGGGGCGUGGCCCGCGCCGCCAGCCUGGGGGGCGCCGGGGGCGCGGGGGGCGGAGGCGCCGUCCGCGACCAGAGCGCCUACGUGGGGGCGCUGGCGUCGCUGCUGCGGGGGGCGGUGCCCCGCCUGCGGGACCGCCUGGCGUCGUCGCGGAAGUACUUCACGCAGUUCUGCAUCCGGUUCGCCAACUCGUUCAUCCCGAAGUUCAUCCAGACGCUGUACAAGUGCAAGCCGGCGUCUGCGGAGGCCACGGAGCAGUUACUGCUGGACACGCACAUGCUGAAGACGGUCCUGCUGGACCUGCCGGGGCUGGGCUCCGAGGUCCGCCGCCCCGCGCCCGCCACCUACACCAAGGUCGUCAUCAAGCUGAUGACGAAGGCGGAGAUGAUCCUGAAGCUGGUCCUGGCCCCGCUGGACGGGCCCCUGGAGGGGUUCGCGGCGCACUGCGUCCAGCUGUUGCCGGACCUGACGCUGGCCGAGUUCCACAAGGUGCUGGACAUGAAGGCCCUCCGCCUGUCCAAGGCCCAGCAGGCCUCGCUCGACGCCGCCUUCAAGCGCGCCGCCAAGCAAGCCGCCGGAGACGCCAACAAGUGAACUUAACUCACUCUAGUCCAAGCUUAGACUCAAAAGUGUAUAUAUAUAAAUACUAUAUGUGUCCAUCCCUUUCCCACAUAUACAAUUUAUGACGUGUGUGACAGAGACUAUGUAGAAUCAAUUUUUCGUUAGACAAUCAAUGCAAAUCGACUGACAAGAGAUUGAGAUUGGUAUACUGUAUAAACAUUAAGUGUGAAUGACCUCCGCCGUCCUAUUUCUGUUAAAUUUUAUUUUGUUUGUUUAUAUUGACUGUAUGUAUGAGUAUAUUUUGUAACACUAUAUAAAAACCUUAUUACAAAGGAAGUUUUUCGUUAGUCUAGAUCUUAAACAUUGAGCCAGUUUUUUUAUUUCAAAUUAUAGGUAGGUGAGAAUAAGAUUCAAAAUACAAAAACUGUCUCAAUGGUUU